GUCUAAUAUUCCACUCAAAAUUGGAAUAUGUGGCAACCUUGGUAACACCGCUAGCAUCCAACAGCUGUCCAACAGCCAACUAACCUCACAAUCUGAGCCUCUAUUAUGUAUCUUUCUAGGCUAUGUAAACUGAAAAUUAUUGAUGUUUUAAACUUAUAUUUGUGUCUCGAAGUUGUUUAGCUAAGUUUUCAAAAUGCCUUACAAGUGCUGCGUUCCUAAUUGUGUCGGUAAUUACGGGAAGGGUCCGAAGGUACACGUAUUUUCGUUUCCAAUGAAUGAAAACUGUCGUAAAAGAUGGCUCAAAGCAAUCCCUAGUGAUUUAGUGGAUACAAAAAACACCCGAAUAUGCAAUUUGCACUUUGCUGAGGACAGCAUCAUUUGGGAAUCCACCUUCCAUGACGAAAAGACAGGAUAUAUCAAGCGGAAGAAGCCGAGAUGAGACAUCGAGGGACAAUGAACAAGAACAACUACUUAAAG